AUGGCCAAUGUUGCAAUCUCGCUUCUUCGCUGUCUGGCUUUCCUCCCUUUGGUGUCGUGCUUCCUCAUGAACUCCAUCAACCAUUCGGAAUAUACGUCUCUCGACACUAGGGACGUGCAGCGCACGCUCAGAGUCCGGAUAGCGGCUCUCGUGUGCUCUUCCGUGAGCAUAACAGCGUCGUUGACAGCUUUGUACUGGUUCUGCCGCAUGGAGAAGCGCUUUCGGCAUCGCCUUAUCAUGCUACUUGUGUAUGGCGACUUGAUGCGCGCCUCCUGGUUCUUCAUCGCUGCGGUGGUAAUGCUGGUUCAUGGUACCGUGCGAACAGAAUCCGCCUUUUGCCAGUCGAGCGGGUUUCUCAUACAAUAUGGAACCGAGACCAGUGGUAAGAUGGCUGAUUCUGGUUCCCUUCAUUUCCUGACUAUUGUAGAUUUCGCCGUCCUCGUCAUUGCAGUCCAUAGCGCCCUGCAAGUCUUCAAUCCCUCGAGCCAAAUGACGUCAGACGGGUUAUACCCGUACCGGCGGUUUGUCUACGCCCUUGCAUUCCUUGUUCCUGGACUUAUGGCCAGUCUGGCCUUUGUGAACCCGGACUGGGGCUAUAUCUCGCUAGGGGCAUUUUGUACUCUACCUAUCCGCCCGUUUUGGUAUAGACUGGCGUUAACCUGGAUUCCGAGAUACAUGAUCGCGCUCAUAAUUCUUGGCUUGGCCAUUGCGAUUUAUGCAUAUGUUGGCUAUGAGUUUAGGAGAUAUGAUACAAUGAGUCAAAGUACUGGAAACUCGACCACUGAUAUAGGGACAGGUACGAGAGAGACACGGUUUUCAUUAAGUGGGAAAGAAGAAGACUAUAGAGGAGCGACAAGGCCAGAAAACCCGGACAUAUUGGGUUCAAGAGAUUGGGCGCCGUCUACGGGUCAUGAUAACGAGAUUUCACAGCGUCGUGGGUCUUCGGUCUCGUUCCUCUGUGCUGGACCUGGAGCAGCGACAACACUGAACCGCGCUUCUUCGGCCACGCCCUCUACCAAGACACAGUCUCUGCCAGCAAGCACAUUGCACCUCCCUCUGGAACGCAACGACACUAUCAGACCACCACUCUUCGCCAUUCCCUCCGGCAACACCAUCAGAACUGCCAUCUCCACCGACGACAUACAGAUUUGCUCCCCAUCAAGGGCAAUAGAUAAUAUCCUCCUUACCAUUACCAAGACCACAACUCAAGAUCCUGACUCUGUUGACACAGAACCCACUCCCAUCAUCUCUCAGCCACCCAAUUCGCAAAACACGUCCCCCAGAUCUCCCGGCGCUCGCCAAAUGGCGCGUCAACGCUCUCGCAUCCACCGCCAACUCCGCCUCAUCACUGCACCAACUAUCAAGACCACUACGUACAGCAUCCAAUCUAUUUCCUACGCCUCGGCAGCACCAUCUGUAUCACCAGCAUGGGAUUCGUAG